UUUAUUCCCAGGCAGCGCUGGCAGGAUCAGGGGCUGUGCGAACGCCAGGGCUGGCAGCAGCAGCAUGCGUGCGGCGACCGAGGCUCAGGGCGCGACAACCACGUAAGGGGCCCGCCGGAGCCUCCCUCCUCACCUGCCUCCGCAGCCCCCGGCAGAAACUUCCCUCUCCCGCACGGUCCGGGCUUCUCCGGCAGGGCUUGGCAGCGACAGCCGCAUGCAUGACACUCCGAAAAGGAGAGAAAAUGACCAUAAGUAUCCAGGAGCACAUGGCCAUUGACGUCUGCCCCGGCCCCAUCAAACCCAUCAAGCAGAUCUCCGACUACUUCCCCCGCUUCCCCCGCGGGCUCCCCGCCGCCGUCGGCCGCAGCAGCAGCGCCCUGCGCCCCGCGGUCAGCCAGCCCUCGGUCAGCCCCGCCGAGGCGCCCCGGGAGGAUGAUGAGGAUGUGGACCAGCUCUUUGGAGCCUACGGAACGACGCCCGCAGAGCAGCCGGCCAAGAGCCAAGCGCCCGAGGAGGUGGUGGACCCCGAGGGCUACGAGUCCGACGACUGCACCACGCUGGGGACGUUGGAUUUCAGUUUGCUCUACGACCAGGAGAACAACGCUCUCCACUGCACCAUCAACAAAGCCAAGCUGCCAAAACUUGACUACAGAAAGGGCCUGAAGCCAAUGGACCACAAUGGUUUGGCUGAUCCUUACGUCAAGCUGCACUUGCUCCCCGGAGCCAGUAAGGCAAACAAGCUGAGAACCAAAACGCUGCGCAACACCCUGAACCCCACCUGGAACGAGACCCUCACCUACUACGGCAUCACCGACGAGGACAUGAUCCGCAAGACCCUGCGGAUCUCGGUGUGUGACGAGGACAAGUUCCGCCACAACGAGUUCAUCGGGGAGACGCGUAUCCCGCUGAAGAAACUGAAGCCCAACCAGACCAAAAACUUCAACAUCUGCCUGGAGAAGCAGCUGCCGAUAGAUAAAACAGAGGACAAGUCGCUGGAGGAGCGUGGCAGGAUCCUCAUCUCGCUCAAGUACAGCUCACAGAAGCAGGGCCUGCAGGUGGGCAUCAUGCGCUGCGCCCACCUGGCCGCCAUGGAUGCCAAUGGCUACUCCGACCCCUACGUCAAAAUUUACUUGAAACCAGAUGAGGACAAGAAAUCCAAGCACAAGACAGCAGUGAAGAAGAAAACGCUGAACCCCGAGUUCAAUGAGGAGUUUUUCUAUGAGAUCAAGCACGGUGACCUGGCAAAGAAGACCUUGGAAGUCACCGUGUGGGACUAUGAUAUCGGGAAAUCAAACGAUUUCAUAGGCGGAGUCGUGUUAGGAAUUAAUGCCAAAGGGGAGCGGCUGAAGCACUGGUUUGACUGCCUGAAGAACAAGGACAAGAAAAUCGAGCGCUGGCAUACGCUGACCAACGAGCUGCCAGGCGCCAUCCUCAGCGACUGAGCCCCGCGGGGCUGCAGCUCCACAGCCUUUGGACUCCUCCCAGCUUUGGCUAACGGGGGAUCCCGGGACAGCCAGGAGAGCAGGACACCCCACAGCAGGGCCUGGCUGCAGGGAAGCCCUUCCCAGGGGAGAAGGCACAGGUGAUUUGCUCCAGCGGCCGCUCCCGGCUCCCAAGGCUUUUCCAAAAUGCCUCUUUGCGCCCUGCCACACUCACAGCCCCACUUUCGAGCAUGCACGUGCACACACACACACACACAAACACACACAGGUGUGCACCCCUGCAUGCACUGCAGUCUGGCUCCUCUCCCAAAUCCUGGCUCUACUCAGUUACCUUCUCGCUGCCUUGCAAGUCAGUGGCAACAAUGAAUGCGUCCGUCUGCGUCCGUGUGUCCGGCAUCGGCAAAAGGCGUCCCUAAAAACACACAAAACCCAGAACUGUCUCCUCAAGGCAGCUUGUGCCAUAUCUCUGGUGGUUUGUCAGUCUCUGUGGUUUGGCCCUAAACAAUCUUUUAUGCAUUUAAAGCUCCUCUGUUGGAAUGAUCUUGUCCCUGGUAAACCUGGAAGGAGUGUUUGCUUUCCUUCCAGGAAUGUUGUGCUCGUCCUCUCCAGUAACUCAUGGGAAGUCAGCAGAGCUGUGCAGACCAUGGCUUUCCUCCUGGGAUCGGGCAGCCUCACGUUUGGGAGGCAAAAUAAAAAGCUCAGUGGAGCAGCCUGGCUGUUCCUGCUUCCCAGGAUCAGCAGCAGCCGCUCUCCUAAUGAAACCAUGCCAUGCAGCAGCACGGCUGUUUUUCCAGCAAAGCCAGCCUUCAGGCUGAAAUUGUGUCAUUUUUCCCUUUUUCAUCCCUUUCCAAUUCAUCCGUUAAAUAAUGAAGAUGCUGAGCCUCGGGGCUGAGCUGGGGUUGUGUUUGUGGUUCGGCACGGCCAUGAGGUUGAUCCGUUUUCUGCCUCAGACAGCAUCCAAAUCAAAUAAAUUUCUGUGUAUGGCACAGUAAUAUUAAUAUGGCACACUAAUAAUAUAUUAAUAUCAUCAUAAUAAUCCCAGAUAUUAUCCUCUGUAAUCCACCUUGGCUGGUCUCUUCAUCCUCAUGCCACCAGACGUGGUGGGAUGAGCUAAAACUUUCUAGGAAAUGCUGCACCGUUCCCAAAAUUUUUGGAAGCCUUUAAACAAUGAUUUCUUAGGAAGAGCUGCUCUUUCCCUACAAGUGUCAAUCACCCUCAGCUUCCAAGCCCUGUGCACGUGUUGCCAACUUCUUUUAUUUUUUUUCCUGGGAAGCAAUGGAAUCUCUGGAAACCUAUGUUUACUUUUCCCAGUGAGGAUUGUGUUACGCCUUGUUUGAUAUGGGGGGGAGAAAAGAUAAAAAACAUAGGGUUUUUUUUUUAAUAACUUAAUAUUUGUAAUGCAUCCUGCAGAUCUGCAUGGAUUUUAUUGGAAUGCUGGCAGCCUGUCAAGUCGGAUGUUCCCACUAAUCCUUUCUGGUCCAGCACCUUAAAACCUGGUUGGGAUCUGAGCUUCCAGGGAAGCUCCAGGAGCACCAGGUUUGGCUGUGCCUCCCUUUUCUGGCAAAGUUCCUUUCAAUCCAUCCUUUGUUCCAGCACCUCAAACUGGUUUAUGCCUGAGGUGGAGUAGGACAUGUGCGUGUGGGCUCCUUCACUUUGUAUCCCAGCCUUUUCUAAGUGGACACUCCGUCCGUCCGUCCGUCCGUCCGUCCCAGCUGCAUGCAGAGUUGGUGGUUGUCACGCCAGGCCUCGUGAAAUGUUUGAUACCAAUGUUUUGCUACCAUGUGAAGGCUGCAGAAACCGUCCUUCCCUGCAUCCUGAGAGACUUUUGUAUUUCAGUAUUACCUAUCUGUGUACUUUUGGUCAGGUUUGUUAAUAUUUAUAAUAAGAACCGAACAUAAAAAGGUUAAAAAAUAAAA